AGAGCUCCCGUUCGGCUCAGGUCGUGAGUGCCCCCAGGCUGGAGGCCCGGAGUCCCGCACCUCGAACGUCACGCGCUCGCACCCUGCUGAAGCGAUGCCGAGCCAGCUCGUGCUGAGCGUGCCGGAGCGCGCCUCGCCUGGGCCGAGCCGCGGCUGGCGCACCCCAGAGCCCUUGCCGGCGCCAGCCUCCAACGGCCUGCUGCACGGCGGAGUGCCCAGCUUCGAGAUGGCACACAUCCCCGAGAUCCCAGACGAGGACGCCCGCGACAGCAGCCCCGAGCCGCUGGAUGCCGCCGUGGCCAAGCAGGGCAGCUCCGGGCGUGACCUUCGGCUGAUGCUGCGCAUCUACGACCAUGAGCUCAUGGAUGCCAGCACCCCACGGGGCCACGACCAGGAGGCCAGGAAGACGCCACCUGCUGCGGACGCGCUGCCCGCCGCCGCUCAGGUGGGGGCCACUCCGGACGCGGCCUGGGCGCGCAUCCGCACACCUUCUCCCGACCACCGCACCUACGCGCCGCACGCCCCGCUGGCGUGGCCGCAGGGCAUGCCCGAGCUGAAGCCCCCGCAGUGGAUCCUUUUCGACCCCAUUUGGGGGGCCUCUACGUCCGCCGCCCGCGCCGGUGCGUGCGGUCGACGCGGCGCCACGCGGCCGCGCGCGUGCCCCAGAGUCCAAGGGCGCCGUGGCGAAGCAGAGCGAUCACGCCAUCGCCAGGCUGCGCGAGCAUGCCAAGCGACUUCGGCCCGGGGGUGCUCAGCGUCGGCACGGUGGGCCACCCGUACACGUGCCAGGAGCCUUGCAAGUUUGUGCGCAAGAGCCGCGGGUGCAAGGACGGGGCGGACUGCAACCGCUGCCACGUCUGCCUCUGGAACCGCUACGAGGCCAGCCGGGCGACGAGCACGAAGCGGUGAGUGCUCGUGCACGAGGCCUCUCUCUGUUCGCGGAGCCACGGCCUGCCGGAGGGGGAGGGCUGGGCGGUGUGGCGGGACCCCGCCGCGCUCCCAUCCUGCGCCUGGGCGCCUGCCGCGCUCGCACGGCGGAGGCCCUCCUACUCCUCCACCUCCUCCUCCUCCUCCUCCUCC